AAGCUUUUCCGUUUCAAGUCAAUCAACUCAGUCAGGUACAAGUGCUGGGGAACACGCAAACUGAUUGCUAGUCAUAAGGAAGCUGAACGAUUGCAGCGGCCCACUCUUCCCAAUGGCACAAAACUGCUCAGGUUUGAGAUACGCAAUGCGGAUGGCACUCCUACUAAUCGGCCACAAAAAGAGUGGAUCAUGAAUCCGGCUGGUAAAAGCUACGUCUGUAUUUUGCACGAAUAUGUUCAACACGCUCUUAAGAGUCAACCCUCCUAUGAAUUCAAAGAAUUACAAAAUCCCUCUACACCAUACAGUGCUGAAAUAUCAAUUGAUGGCAUAUCGUAUGGAAAGGCGUUUGGGACCAGCAAGAAGCAAGCAAAGCUGCUUGCUGCCAAGGCAGCACUUGAAAUACUCAUUCCAGAUAUGAAAUCGAAGAUUGAUCCAGAUGGUAAGGCUACUAAAGCGCAAGGAACCGAUGCUCAUCUUUCAAUAUUUGAUUUGAUUCGCAUAGAAGAUCCACGUGUUAUUGAGUUCAGUAAUAAGACAACUGAACCAUCUCCCUACAAAAUGCUGCUAACGUGUCUCCAGCGGAACCACUCAUUGCCAACAGUCAACUCCAAUUACGUUGUUAGCAAAAAGGAAAAAAAGCGGAAUGAGUUUACAAUAACCGUGGGCGGCCACUCGGCAACUGUGGUUUGCAAGAACAAACGCGAUGGGAAGCAGCGUGCUUCGCAGGCUAUUCUACAGGCUCUGCAUCCUCAUGUCACCACUUGGGGCUCCCUACUGCGACUCUACGGCAACCGAUCAGUUAGAAACAUCAAAGAAAAGAAGCAGCAAGAGAAGGAGAUCACUCUUCUUCAAAGUAAGGCUUCACUCAAUAAACCGAACUUUGCCAUUCUCGCCAAGCUCCGAGAAGAAAUGCAAAAGCUGCAUGAUAAGAAGAACCUACUCCAACCUAUUGGAAAAUUUGUGCCUCCUGAUGGUGUCAGCGUUUCAUGCUUUUCAUCGUCUGAUCUUGAUAAGCUCGACCUUGGCUCCAGUUCCACAUCACCACCAGCAUCCAGCAUUGCACCAGCUCCCAUCACUACACCAGCUCUCAUCAGUAUACCAGCUCUCAGCAGUACACCAGCAAGCUCGGACUCACUACCUCUGUUUGUCAAGGUACAGUCGCCCACAACCGAUUGAAGUGGUGAGUAAACCAAUUUAACAGCUUUCAAUUACCUAUAUGGUAAGAACUGGUUGAAUAGGAUAUGGAUGCGUAUUUUUAUAGCUUGAUAAAAUUUAUUCAACGUAUAUUAAUUUUUUUCAUUCUCCUUAAUUAAGAAGUGAAGACUUGAUUAUACUUCAUAUAAAAUAGUGAUUACAGUAUUAUUCCAUACUCGACGAGUAUAUUUGAAAUAAGAUUGUUCGUAUUUAGCCUAUAACUCAAUGAUAGGCAAUGGAAUAUGUGAAUUAUAGUGUUAUGCUGUUCUAUCUUCCAAAAACGUGUUCUAGAAUGAUAUCUCACAUGCGUCUAGACUAGAAUGAGCAGCUCAUCUACGAAAAAUAAUUAUUUUUCUAAAGGACUUUCAACGGAGGUUGGUUACAAUAAAUAAAUAUCAAAAGUUGUUGAUACCAUUACUCACGCAAAUCAAGUAAUCAUUAAACUAAUUUUCAGUAGAGAUGUUCAUUAGCCUCCUAUUCUUUAAAGCUUCCUUUGAUUAAUUUCUGAUAAUGAAAACUAUUGAAUAGAUUUAAAUCUGAAAGUAAAAUUCCAAAUUGUUUUAUUCAUUAGAUGAAUGGAUUAUUUUUUGAGCUAUGUGAGCUGUUAUUCCAAGUGCAUUACAUUAGGUCUUCAAUGAUUAAACAUACUGUUCAUAAUUGUCACACAUUAAAAAAGCUUUUUGAAAAAUUUGAAUUGCUAAAUGUGUAGGCCUACUGCUAUUUUAUAGUGUCUUCGUUAUCAUAUUAUGCAUUUAGUCCUAUUUAAGAGUAGGCUAUUAAUUUACAAUAAUAUAACGUUAUUCGGAAAAUGAGACCCAUACUUGAUGGGACCUAAUAUUUUCUCAUUAUUCAAUUAUAAAAUUAUUUGUUAUAAAUUAUUAUUUUAAAAUAAAAAUUGAACCAAAACAUUCAAGCUUUUUGAAUCUGGUUAGCCUGCUACAUCUAUAUAUAAUAAGAUAAAAAUUGGUUUAUACAUGUGCAGGAUAGGAAAUACACAAAUGACGCAUCAUCACGUCUGAACUACUGAACUGAUUUACUUGAACUUUUGCGUAAAGUUUCUUAAUUUAUCGAGUACUAUUAUAGGUUUAUUUCCAUUUUACUUAAUUAAGUAUGGUUAUAAUGAUUGGAGCAAAUUUAUUCAAUUUGUGAUACAAAGUUUACGUAAGACAAAAGCUUAAUCAAAUCUCUAUUGUAAAUUAGUACAGUUCUGAAUACUUACAAUAUCAGCAUGAAAUUAUAAAAAUAAAUUCAAACUAUUUGUGCUUUAAACAACCCUUGCGGAGCAGGGUUACCUGCUACUUACAUAAUAUUUCUGAUGUUAUAAUGCACAAGAAAUAAACUAUUCACUAGAUUUUUUCUCAAUAGAAUGUUCUGUUGUGCCUGAAACUCAUAUAGACCUACAUAGAAAUCUGUGUUCUAUGUCCUAGUAUUUACAAAAAAGUAAGAAAUGCAUGUCGUCAUAAUUCAUGCAUUAAUUUUCUUAAAUGUUGUUAUAAAUACUAUUUGAAACAAUUAAAAUAAUUUAAUAAAAUUAAUCAUCCUGAUUCGUUCAUAACAGUUGAAAUUAGAAUAGCAGCAUAUUAUCUCCCUAUUGUAUUAUAUAAAUGUAUUAACUGUAGUUGAAACGUACAAAUAUUGGAUCCCAACCUGAAUAAUAAUCAGAUUUCGCGACUGUUUUACUCCCUGGACCAUUUUUCGUCGUUGUUCGUUCUCUUAACAUUCAAAUUCAUUAUUUAUUCAUCUUACAUCAUGGGAGGAAAAAAUUAGCUGUUUCAAUCCAGCAUUUGUAUGUUUCAUACAGCAUUUGUAUGUUAAUGUAUGUUUCACAGAGGCUACAUUCAAUAGACAUAGCUUUUUAAAUUUGCUAAGCGUUUUAUAAACUCAACUGGUAACUGCUGAGGAAUAAUAAAUAUGAGUUUCAGCUCUCUAAUGUAUGAAGUAUGAUCGACAUCCAUUGUGGCUGUCCGAGUCCGGCCCCCAGCCAGACUCAAUGUCUUCAAUUUGUUUCAAACCAUAAGAGACCAUGACAAUAGUAUCUCAUAAUAUCCAUAACAGACUCUAUAGUGUGAUCCGUAGGCCAAGGGUGACCGAACUAUGGUUUGCAACUAUAUUGUGGUUUGAAGUUACGUUGGGUCUUUUAUGCAUUUGCAUUUGUUAACUGUAUUGUGGGUCGCUCCAGCUGUAAAGUGUGCAAAAUCCAUCCUUGCUGCACUCUGCUUGGUCGGAUAGACUUGAGAGCGAUGGUAGUACUGAAAUCAACCUUCAUCAUUUUAUAAGAGAGUUAGACUUGCGGGUUAAAAAACUUAAUCGCUGUGGAAAUUUAUAAAGAACGAUUUUUUGCGGUGCAAACGAACCGCCAAAUUCAUUGUAUUAGUGGGGCCUUAGUUUUGUAAAAUAAUAUUUUUUUCAUCUUAAACAGCUCAGUGCUGCUCUGUAUUACGCGCCAAAAUAGUCUGCUAGAAUAAUAAUAAGAUUGUUGGUCAAAUUCCAGAUGGCUUUCAUUCAUCUACUUCUCAUCCAUUGUUUGCCACUAAAUAAUUGGUUGGUUAAAAUAUUUAAAAUUAUUUUCAUAAAUCUUCGCAGCUUUCUUUGAAUGAGUGCUAUAAAAUGCUAUGAGCAUAAUAAUUAUAAUACUGAACACAUGUGACUUCUCAAUAUUGUAAAUAUGAUACGUGUAAUGAAAUUGACAAGAAUUACAUGAAAUUCAUCAGAAAUAAACAUGAAAUUAGAAAUUAUUGGUGGUGAGGCUUUAUUGAAGUCUGUAAACAGAGCAAGAACAUAAGACAUCAAUUCUAGAUAAAUGUUAGUAAACUUACUACCUCUAGUGUGAAGCAUUUCCUCUGUUGUUUUGGAAGGAUCAUUGAAAACAGUUUGCCUCAUGUAUGCUUCUAAGGCUGGGUAGAGGUUCUUCUGGGAACUCUAACACAUGCCUAUAAUGUCAGCCAUCUCGUUAUUGAUACAACAAGGAUUUUAUGGAUUUCUACUGCGAAAAAUUUUUUUGAAGUUCUAGAAAAUGUGACUUAAAUAAUAAAAAAGUAUUUUAUGUUUAUUCAUUUAUUUAUUCAAACAUUCCAAUGUGGGAGCAUGCAAAGAAACCCCAAAAAAUUGCUCUCUAAUCAGUUACAAUAAUUUCACAAAAUAAGAAUAAUUUAAAAAGGUAUCAAGAUGAAGAGAAAAAAUUGAAUUGAAACUAAAACAUAGACUAAUCUUAUUUAAACAAAAUAAAAUAAAUAAAUUAAUUAUAAUUGAAUAAAUAAUUAAAAUAAUUUGUUAAAUUCAAUUAAUUCAAGAAUUUGGUUUACAAACAUUGUUCAAAUUAAUUACUUCUUGUUAGAUACAGAUAAGUAGGCUAUCAUUGUCUUUUUACUUUUUGAAGGGCAUGAAAAUUCUGUUGUAUUUUUCCGCAAAAAUUAAUAAAUCAACUUUUCACAAAAGCCACUUCAUUUUAUUGAACCGAAAACAUGAGUGAGAAAAAAUAACAAACUUGAAUAUUACAACAGCUGACCAUUGAAAUUCUAAUUAAUUGAUCACUGAAUAUGCUAGUGGGGCGCAGUACAAAAUUAUUCAAUUACAUUAGAAAAAUUGAUUUAUAAAAAAUGAAUAAGGCCCGCCGCAAAAUAGACCCACGUUAAUCCACAAAAA